AUGUGCCAGCAAAAUUCAUCGCCUCCAUUUCUCAAAUGCAAUUCAACCCAAAAACAAUCCCAUAUCUUCAAUCCUUUGAUCCCCAGAACACCAUUUCUUGAUGUCAAUCCCCACAAAUCCCAUCUUUCUUUAGCCAUCAACGAAACCAUUGCCAUCGCCCAAAUUGCAAUUCCGAUGAUCCUCACCGGACUCUUAAUGUACUCCCGUUCCAUGAUCUCCAUGCUCUUCCUUGGCCACCUCGGUGAGCUCCCCCUCGCCGGCGGUUCACUAGCCAUUGGCUUUGCCAACAUCACCGGCUACUCCAUUCUUUCCGGCCUUGCCAUGGGAAUGGAACCCAUUUGCGGCCAAGCUUUUGGUGCCGGAAAACGCACCCUUCUUGGUCUCUGUUUACAGAGAACCAUUCUUCUUUUACUCUUCACUUCAUUCCCCAUAUCUCUUUUAUGGUUUAAUAUGAAAAAGAUGUUGCUUUUUUGUGGCCAAGAUGACGAAAUCGCAACAAUGGCACAAACUUAUCUUCUCUACUCCCUUCCUGACCUCUUGGCUCAAUCUCUGUUACACCCAUUACGAAUUUACCUUCGUUCGCAAUCGAUUACUCUGCCGCUGACAUUUUGUGCAUCUCUUUCGAUUGUUUUUCACAUACCCAUUAAUUACUUUCUUGUUACGAAGCUUGGAUUAGGGAUUAAAGGUGUUGCAAUCAGCAGUGUUUGGACGAAUUUCAACUUAGUAGCUUCAUUGAUCAUUUACAUAUUGAUUUCUGGGGUUUAUAAGCAAACAUGGGGAGGUCUAUCGAAAGAAUGUUUUAAAGGAUGGAAUUCGCUUUUGAAUUUGGCGGUUCCGAGUUGCAUUUCGGUUUGUCUCGAAUGGUGGUGGUACGAGAUCAUGAUUUUGCUAUGUGGUUUACUGGUGAAUCCCAGAGCCACCGUGGCUUCAAUGGGGAUUUUGAUUCAAACCACCGCGUUGAUUUAUAUAUUUCCGUCGUCUCUGAGUUUCAGUGUGUCGACUCGGGUUGGUAACGAGUUAGGAGCAGGUCGACCCGCCAAGGCGAAGCUGGCAGCCAUUGUUGGACUCUGUUGUAGCUUCGUUUUGGGUUUUUCUGCUCUGUUCUUCGCCGCCGGCGUGAGAAACUUAUGGGCUAUCAUGUUCACUCAAGAUAAAGAAAUCAUAGCAUUGACGUCGUUGGUUUUACCGAUCAUCGGACUUUGCGAACUGGGCAACUGCCCGCAGACGACAGGGUGCGGCGUUUUGAGAGGGACGGCACGGCCGAGAAUAGGGGCGAAUAUUAAUCUGGGAUGUUUUUAUCUGGUGGGAAUGCCGGUGGCGGUGGUGUUAGGAUUCUUUCUGGGAUUUGAUUUCGAAGGUCUGUGGUUGGGGAUGCUGGCGGCGCAGAUGUCUUGCGUGGUGACGAUGGUGGUGGUGUUGGGGUGGACCGAUUGGGAGGUUGAAGCUGAGAGAGCGAAAGAGCUAACAGACGGCGGCGGGAAUGGUGGUGGUGGCGGCGAUGAUGAUGAUGACAGCGAAGAAACUAAGGGGGAGAAGUAUAAGCUAAUCAAAGCUGCAAACAAGGAGGAAGAAUCUAUGGGUUUAGGGGAUGAUUUAGUUUAAUAUUUCCAUGGUAUUUUAGGAAUUUUUU